AGUUCCUUUUAAGUAAUAAGGGAAAUAGCAUUUUUGAUAAGAGGAGUGUUUUUUCGUGAUUAAGCUGUCAGCCCACACUCAUUUAAAUCUGACGAAUAGAUACAAUCGAAACCAGUAGCACCCUGACCAGUACCCGUGACGGAACAACCCAGCAUACUGCACAGAUGGCGGCAAAAUUCACAUUGGUGUUGGCGCUCUGCCUGUGCGCCUGCGCUGUCCUCGCCGUCCCGUACACCAAGCCCACCGACAUCCCGGACACCAUUCCACGGUCAUGCGCUGACAGGCCUGCGGCCAACGACUACCUCAUGGUGCCCAGCCCCGAAACCUGCACUAAAUUUAUCGUGUGCGACGGAGACAGGGAGACAGAGUUCGACUGCCCCUCGGGCUUGUAUUUCAGUUACGCCAAGCAGUACUGCGAUUUACCUGAAGCUAGCGACUGUUCUGACCCAACUCCAUCACCUGACGACGAGUGAUAAUGUUUCUUAUUUCAACGAAACUCUUCCCUGGUGAUAAAGAUGCGAAAUACAUAACUCACUCCGUGUGCUGUA